AAAACAGUCGGCUUUUGCAGCGGGCGAAGCGCCAUCUACUCAGUUCCCCCCGAGCCUCAAGCUCCGGGGCGAAGCUGCAAACUUCGAGGCUGCACGCCACUCUAUCUCUCCGUCCCUCCCGCACUCCCUCUCUUCCUUUCGGACUCCGCUGCAGCACUCUCAGCACCUCAGUUGAGCAGGAGCACUGCACUGAGUCACAUCUAUAGCUACACACACGCUCUCUACACGCACGCACACACUUACACGCACACACAAGCACAGCCUCCUGCGGUAUCCCAUACAGCGCAGCGACUUUUCCAACGGCAUACCAAGUGCGUCCUCGCCGGGGGAUGGGAAGUGCAGCUCCCGGGUCUCAGAGCGCUCAGAGCGGCAUAUAGGGUCCUGCUGAUCAGGGAUACUGCUGGAAGUCUGCUGCUAUUUCUUUUUCCCGUGUAGGAAUCGCCUUCUAACUACACCUCUACCGGGGAUUUAAAAGUGGACAAGCCGUUUGAUCAGGAUAUAACAUUAUUCUAAGCAUUUUUCAUUUUUGGGGGGAGUAAAAGGAGUUGGGGAUUGCUCUGGACGUGCCUCUUAUCCGCAGUGUCGAUGCGGCUGCGGCUCUGAAGUGAUAUCUGCAUAGAUUACAGGUACAUAAUGUCCUCCAUUUCAAGAGAAGCUUGAUCCUAAUUGGCCGACAGUACUGGACUGUGCCUCCUUCCCUCUCCUCACCACUCCCAGCCUCUGCACAGCCAUGACGCCCCUUACCAGGACAUGGACCUGCUUUUUUGUAUGCUGCUUCCUGUCUAGUCUGGUGCUUCCUGUGACGUCACAAACAGUGGUGCAAGCCCCACAGGCCCACAGUGCCGGCUCCCAGGUGAUCACGGCGUCCCUUCAGGAGGAGGAGUAUGCAUCAUUUCGUGCUGAGAAUCCUGAGUGGACAUUCAACCAUCUGGCGGUGGACUACCGCAAUGGCAAUGUUUAUUUGGGAGCUGUCAAUCGCAUAUACAAACUGUCCCCGGGCUUAGAGGUCCAGGUGUCCCAUGAGACUGGCCCGGAUGAAGACAACCGCAAGUGCUACCCACCACGUAUCGUUCAGCCCUGCAGUGAGCCACUGACACUCACCAAUAAUGUCAACAAGAUGCUUCUAAUGGACUAUCGGGAGAACAGGCUGCUGGCAUGUGGCAGCCUCUACCAGGGCAUCUGCAAACUCCUUCGCCUAGAUGACCUCUUCAAACUAGGAGAGCCCUUCCACAAAAAGGAGCACUACCUCUCUGGUGUCAAUGAGAGUGGCUCUGUGUUUGGUGUCAUUGUGUCUUAUAGCAAUGCCUCUCCGGACAUGCUGUUUGUAGCCACCGCAGUGGAUGGCAAGCCAGAGUACUUCCCUACUAUUUCUAGCCGCAAGUUGGCCAGAAACUCGGAGGAGGAUGGCAUGUUUGCCUAUGUCUUCCAUGAUGAGUUUGUGGCCUCUAUGAUUAAGAUCCCUUCAGACACCUUCACUGUCAUCCCAGACUUUGACAUAUACUACAUUUAUGGCUUUGCCAGUGGGAACUUUGUCUACUUCCUGACUUUGCAGCCUGAAAUGGGGGGUGGGCCAACAACUGGAUCGUCCUCUGCUGGUCGGGAACAGGUCUACACCUCCAAGAUAGUCCGCCUUUGCAAGGCAGACACCGCUUUCAACUCCUAUGUGGAGGUGCCUAUUGGAUGCAUUAGUGGCAACGUGGAGUACCGAUUACUCGAGGCAGCAUACCUGUCCAAAGCUGGUGCUAUCCUGGCACGCUCACUAGAUGUGGCACCAGAUGACGAUGUUCUGUUCGCUGUUUUCUCAAAAGGCCAAAAGAGGCGUCCACGCCAGACCUCGCAGGACUCUGCGCUGUGUGUCUUUUCUCUGCGGAAAAUCAACGAGAAAAUCAAAGAGAGGCUGCAGUCAUGCUACAAGGGUGAGGGCACACUGGACCUGGCUUGGCUCAAAGUCAAAGAUAUUCCCUGCAGCAGUGCGCUCUUGACCAUUGACGAUGACUUUUGUGGCCUCGACAUGAACGCACCAUUGGGCGUGUCUGAGAUGGUGCGUGGCAAGCCGCUCUUCUCAGACGCUGUUGACAAAAUGACCUCCGUCAUUGGCUACGUAUACAAGAACCACUCGCUGGUCUUCGUGGGCACAAAAAGUGGACGAGUCAAGAAGAUCAGAGUAGACGGAUCCUCUCAUGCUCUGCAGUAUGAGACGGUGCAGGCGGUGGAGAAUGGACCCAUCCUCAGAGACAUGGCCUUCUCUUCUGACCACCACUACCUCUAUGUCAUGUCUGAGACCCAGCUGUCUAGGGUGCCAGUGGAGGCCUGUGGUCAGUACUCAACCUGCAGUGAAUGUCUCGGCUCAGGAGAUCCCCACUGUGGCUGGUGUGUCCUGCACAACAUGUGCACCAGAAAGGAGAAAUGCGAGCGCUCAUCAGAGCCCCGUCGCUUUGCAUCAGACAUCAAGCAGUGUGUGCGUCUCAGUGUCCACCCAAACAACAUCUCAGUGUCCCAGUUUAGCGUCACGUUGGUGUUGGAGGCCCAUAAUGUCCCAGAACUUUCUGCAGGUGUCAACUGCACCUUUGAGGACCUGGCUGAGAUGAAUGGCUUGGUGGAGGGAAACCGGAUCAAAUGCUCCUCCCCCGCAGAGAAAGAGAUGCCACGCAUUAUUGUUGACAAAGGUGACCACCAGAUUGUGCAGCUCUAUCUCAAGUCCAAGGAGACAGGCCUGGCAUUCGCAAAUACCAGUUUUGUUUUCUACAAUUGCAGCGUGCACAAGUCGUGUCUGUCAUGUGUGAGUAGUCCUUACCAGUGCCACUGGUGUAAAUACAGGCAUGACUGUACCCACGACCCUCGCACAUGUUCCUUCCAGGAGGGCCGAGUCAAGAAGCCUGAGGGGUGUCCACAGUUGCUGCCUGCAGAUAGGAUCCUGGUUCCAGUCAACGUGGUAAAGCCGAUCACCCUACGGGCAAAGAACCUCCCCCAGCCCCAGUCUGGACAGAGGGGGUAUGAGUGUCUGCUGACCAUCCAAGGAAACGAGCACAGAGUUCCUGCCCUGCGCUUUAACAGCUCCUCAGUGCAGUGUCAAAACACAUCGUAUUUCUAUGAUGGGAUGGAGAUGAGCAGUCUUCCCGUGGAGCUGACAGUCAUCUGGAACGGAGAUUUCAGCAUUGACAACCCUGCCCACAACAAAGUCCAUCUGUACAAGUGCGACGCCCAGCGUGGAAGCUGUGGUUUGUGUCUGAAGGCAGAUCCGCUGUUUGGGUGUGUUUGGUGUAAAGGAGAGAACCGCUGCACCCUCAAGCAACACUGCCCCCACCCCGAGAACCAGUGGCUGGAGCACAACGGCAUCAACAGCAAGUGCACCCACCCACGGAUCACACAGAUCACCCCUCUCCGGGGUCCCAGGGAGGGUGGCACGCUCGUGACUAUCCGUGGUGAGAACCUGGGACUGGAGUUCAGAGAGAUUCAGGAUAAUGUGAAGGUGGCCGAAGUGGAUUGCACCCCCAUACGUGAGGGCUACAUCCCUGCUGAACAGAUUGUGUGUGAGAUGGGUAAAGCAGAGAAGAGCCAGUAUACUGGGAAUGUGCAGGUCUGUGUCGGGGUUGGAGAGUGCAGACCAGAAUUCAUGGCAAAGUCCUCCAAGUACUACUAUUUUGUGAUCCCAAGGAUUAUUAACCUCAAGCCCAAUCGAGGGCCCGUCUCUGGGGGAACCAUCGUAAACAUCACCGGCAGCCACCUUGAUGCUGGGAGCAACGUGUCAAUCAUGUUUAAGGACCAGCCAUGCACUUAUCUGAGGAGGGGUGGCCAGUGGCUCACUUGCCGAACCCAUGCUUCCCUGCAUGGCUAUGGAAACGUGUCAGUGUCUGUGAGCAUAGACAAGGCUCAUCUCCAGAAAGACCUGCGGUUUGAGUAUGUGGAAGAUCCCACCAUCACCAAGAUAGAGCCCGAGUGGAGCAUCUACAGUGGACAUACCCCAGUGACAGUGACAGGAACUAACCUGGACAUCAUUCAGACCCCACUCAUCAGAGCUAAAUAUAACAGCCAUGAGACACUCAAUUUGUGCCAGGUGCUCAGCCCUACAUCCAUGCUGUGCCAGACCCCAGAGCUGCCCAUCAGUCUGGCCAGGCAGCAAGAGGUGCCGGAAAGACCUGAUGAGUUUGGCUUUAAACUGGAUGAUGUGCAGGCUCUGAUGGCACUCAACAACACCAACUUUAUCUACUACCCCAAUCCUGAGUUUGAACCACUCAGUGUGUCUGGGGUGCUGGAGCUUAAACCUGGAUCACCCAUUAUACUGAAGGGGCGGAACUUCCUUCCACCAACCAAUAGUGGUAAUGGAAAGCUGAACUACACAGUUCUGAUUGGCGAGAAGCCCUGCAUGUUAACAGUGUCAGAAACCCAGCUGCUCUGUGAGUCACCCAACCUGACAGGUCGACACAAGGUCCUGGCACGUGUGGGUGGUAUCGAGUUUUCCCCGGGUGUGGUCCACAUCACGUCCGACAGCCCGCUCAGCAGCACGGCAAUCAUUGGCAUUGCUGCAGCCGGUGCCCUGCUCAUCCUCUUCAUCGUGGUGGUACUCAUCGCCUACAAGCGCAAGUCUCGUGAGAGUGACCUGACCUUGAAGAGGCUACAGAUGCAGAUGGACAACCUCGAGUCACGUGUGGCUCUGGAGUGCAAAGAGGCUUUUGCAGAACUCCAGACAGACAUUCAUGAGCUAACCAGUGAUCUGGAUGGAGCAGGAAUCCCCUUCUUGGACUACAGGACCUACACCAUGAGGGUCCUCUUCCCAGGCAUUGAGGAACAUCCUGUACUCAGAGAUCUGGAGGUGCCAGGCUACCGCCAGGAGCAAGUGGAGAAGGGGCUGAAGCUCUUCGGCCAGCUCAUUAACAACAAGGUCUACCUGCUGUGUUUUAUUCGCACUCUGGAGGCCCAGCGUGGUUUCUCCAUGAGAGACCGUGGCAACGUGGCCUCACUUAUCAUGACAGUGCUGCAGAGCAAGUUGGAGUACGCCACUGAUGUCCUAAAGCACCUGUUAUCUGACCUCAUAGACCGCAACCUAGAGAGCAAGAACCACCCUAAGCUACUGCUCCGCAGGACUGAAUCUGUUGCAGAGAAAAUGCUCACCAACUGGUUUACGUUCCUCCUCUACAAGUUUCUGAAGGAGUGUGCAGGUGAACCUCUCUUCUCCCUCUUCUGUGCCAUCAAGCAGCAGAUGGAGAAAGGCCCCAUUGACUCCAUCACAGGAGAGGCACGCUACUCGCUCAGCGAGGACAAGCUCAUCAGACAACAGAUUGACUACAAGACGCUGGUGGUGAACUGCAUCCAUCCAGAGAAUGAGAAAAGCCCAGAGAUCCAGGUGAAGGUGCUGAACUGCGAUACCAUCAGCCAGGUGAAGGAGAAGAUCCUGGAUGCCAUCUACAAGAAUGUCCCACACUCCCACCGCCUAAAAGCCUCCGACAUGGACCUUGAAUGGCGUCAGGGUCGAGGACAGCGCAUGAUCCUGCAGGAUGAGGACGUCACCACAAAGAUCGAAGGUGACUGGAAGAGACUGAACAUGCUGGCCCAUUAUCAGGUACCUGAUAAUGCUGUAAUGGCCCUGGUUCCCAAGCAAGUUACAGCCUACAAUUCAGUAAACAACUCCACUGUGUCUCGAACUUCUGCAAGUAAAUAUGAGAACAUGAUCAAGUACACUGGAAGCCCUGACAGCCUGCGUUCCCGUACUCCUAUGAUCACUCCUGACCUGGAGAGUGGGGUCAAGGUUUGGCACCUUGUGAAGAACCAUGAGCACGGAGACCAGAAGGAGGGCGAUCGUGGGAGCAAGAUGGUCUCCGAAAUCUACCUGACACGACUUCUGGCUACCAAGGGUACGUUACAGAAGUUUGUGGAUGACCUGUUUGAGACCAUCUUCAGCACGGCCCAUCGAGGCAGCGCCCUGCCACUGGCCAUCAAAUACAUGUUUGACUUCCUGGACGAGCAGGCAGACAAACACAACAUCCAUGACCCGCAUGUUCGACACACAUGGAAGAGCAACUGCCUACCUCUGCGUUUCUGGGUGAAUGUGAUCAAGAACCCUCAGUUUGUGUUUGACAUACAUAAGAGCAGCAUCACGGAUGCCUGUCUGUCUGUGGUGGCCCAGACCUUCAUGGACUCCUGCUCCACCUCAGAACACCGCCUUGGGAAGGACUCACCCUCCAACAAGCUGCUUUAUGCCAAGGACAUUCCCAGCUACAAGAGCUGGGUGGAGAGGUACUACUCAGACAUUAGUAAGAUGCAGGCGAUCAGCGACCAGGACAUGAAUGCCUACUUGGCAGAACAGUCACGGAUGCAUAUGAACGAGUUCAACACCAUGAGCUCUCUCAGUGAGAUUUACUCCUACGUGGGCAAAUACACUGAGGAGAUUGUGUGUUCACUGGAGCAGGACGAUGCAGCCAGGAAACAGAGGCUGGCCUUCAAGCUGGAGCAGGUGGUGGCCUUCAUGAGUCUGGAGAGCUGAGGACCGCACUUCCCAGGGCGCACUGGGAAGAGACCCCAUCAGAAACCGAGCCGUGCCUGAGCGAAGACCUGUCCCUAUCUUUUUCAUCAUGUGACUUCCUCCCUCCGCCUUUCAAAGAUGAUGACUUCUUCCUUGACCUUUUUUCUGCUUCCUCUUCCCCAAGACAUAUUUUGUUUUCCUCAUCCACUCUGCUGCAUAGACUAGUUUACCUGAAUAUAUCUGGAGGGUGGUUCAGGGCUGAGGUUGGUGUCUCCCACAGUGCAAUGCGGGGGAUCCCUCAGCUUCACCACAGGAAGAGCUUCAAGGGGUGAUUGCUUGAAAGCUGGCCAUAUUGGCAUACUUCAGUCCCCCUACUGGAAAGAAAAGAGGGGGAAAAACGUUUUUAUGUUGCCUUCAAGAAUUUACACUGAUAGGUAAUUCUUUAAAAACCACAAUGUUGGGUGUCCAUUUUGUUGAGAACUUUUUUCAAAAAUAGGAUAGUUAAAAUAAAACCAUCUCUAGAGUCCAGUUUAUUGUAGUUCUAUAUUCAAUAUAUGGAAUCAAGAGGAAACAAAUGAUGACUGCAAGCCAAAUGAACACCUCUGAAGAAAAUUAAUGCAAGGAUGGUUUGCCAAGUUUACACUGUACCUACAAGUGAAGCAUACAUAUCUGCGAAAUUUGGGGCAAGUCCAGGCAAACCUAGAAUGUUCUUUCAAUGUAGCUGGAGUUGUAUUUAAGAAAAAGACUGAUGGGGGUAGGGAACGAUUAGUGCUUCUCUGAACUUUUCCUUUAUUGAAACGUGACUGACACUAAACUUUGCAACAUUCGCACAUUUUUCCCUGGCCCAGCAUACAUUUCCUUCAAAGAAAAUGCUCAUGAUUUCUGCUUCCAUCUGGCUUAUGUGGCUACUGCAAAAUUAACCUAUUAGACAAAGCCCUGGAGGCCCCGACCCGAAUUGGAUCCUCUGUGAGAAGCACACAACCAACUCUGGAAGACAGUGUUUUGACUGGCUCUUGCCAUUUCCAAUCUUGUGUCGCCACUGCGAUGGUCUAUCAAAGCACACACACACAUACGCACAGAUACACACAAUCAGCAGCUGCCCAAGAUCCAGACUGCCCAGAUAUCUACGCCAACUCUGGAGGGGGUAAAUGGAAGAGCUGACUGAAAUGUACUGGGUAAGAAACUGCUUGAUCAUAAAAAAAAUAAGAAUGAUUCAAUACAGUGUAGUCAGAGAUGGCUGACUGCUCCUUAAAGGGGCUCUGUUGUGAGAGUAGCACUUCUUUCCCAGGAUGUUCUUAUUUAAAGACUUUUGUGUGAAGAAAUCAAACAAGAUGGACUUUGUUGGCCAGCCAAAAACCAAAGGAGCUUGAAAUUUUCAAAAAGGUCAAAAAUGUAUUUGUAAAGUGCCACUGAGGAACUGACAAAAAAAUGGACAAAAAAAUAUUGUGACUGGAACUUUAAGAAACCUGUGUGAUUUUUCUGACCUCAGUGUGUCGAGGUGAGAGGCUCUGUGGGCGAGGUGAUCUGAUCCUCCUUUCUCUUUCCAUCGUCCCGGGUCUCCAGCUCUCGGCACACCGUUCACCCUUGUGUCCGGUUCCUGACUUACCAGUUUUCUUUUCUGUUUUGCACAAGCGUUGGAGAUGGUAGCUAGUUGCAUACGGCAAAACCCCAACUCUUGAGUGUGUAACUGUUGAGGCGCUCUUGUCUGUAUUAGUGUAGUUGUCCUCAGUGGCGGCAGGGGGCGGCCUUCUCCAAGCCUCAAAAAAAGAAAAUAAAAGAAAAAAUCUGAUAAAGCAGAGCAGGAACAGAACAAGAUGUGAGCAUCAUGGCAGGAUAAACACAAAAUGAUAGACAUUAACAGUAGAUAAGACUUUAUGGAGAGAGCGAUUGAAAGAGAGAUGAUGGAGGCGCCCUCCGUACCUUUUGACCUCUGCCCUUUCUUUUGCCUUGACAACGUGCCCCAUGUGGUGAUGUGAAUGUGUGAAGACCGCCCUAGGUCCACCUUGGGUCCUUUAUUGGCUUUUUAAGCGCAUGUAAAACGUAAACAAUUUAAGAAACUUAUUAUAAAAAAAAGUGAAAAAUAAGAAAAUUAAGCCUUGCAAUGAUGAUGUGGAUGUGUUCUUUUAUCUUUCUUUUGCUUGGAAGAAUCGAGAUGGAAAAAGUGGAUUGUUCAUGUAAUAAAAACUAUAACUUUUGGUUUAAGGUGGAACCUUUAUCCAGUUCAACCCUUAAUGCAGAACCUCAUGCCCAUGGUUUUUGUUAAGUGUUAGAUACUAAAUAAAACAGAUAUUAUAUACCCUUGCAUGUUGACCUAUUUGGAUGGUAUGAAAUGGAACUGCCUUGCUCAAAGAUAUUUAUAUACUUCUACUACAACUAGGGACAUUUACAAGCCAACUGUUCAUUUUAAGAUUAUGGAUCUCAUAAAAACAACAUGUACCCUGUUUUUAAUUUCUUGUCCUGUUUGCUGUGUCUCCUCUGUGGUUUUAGUUUUGGUACACUGAAGAUGCAAGUCAAGUCUUGCUCUGUCUUUGCUGCUAUUACAUCUUAUUUUGAGAGUUGUCUGCGGCGUUAUUAACUGCUGAUUGAUUAUUUCAUCAUAAUUGCUUAAAAAUGUCAGUUGAGCCCAGAACAGAAACUUUUGGAGUAAUGAAGCCCUGUUUUCAAAUAACUAAAGAUGGGCCCAACACAUGAAAACAAACAGAUGUGGUUCGACAAAGGUUCAUUUCAUAAAAAUCAACAAAGACUGCAUCACUUUGCCACCAUGUGUGUCACCGAAUACAAAUGUUACUAUCCCUAAACACCUGGAAGAAACCAUGUAUACGUGUGUUUUAUCAUACAGAUAAACAACUUUCUAACAAGACAUGCACAGUAGGCUUGAUAGUAGACUUAUGUUUAAGACUGAGUUUGGCAAGUGACUUUCUGUCUUAGCCCUUGUGUCAAUUGUAUGUAAGAUAUCCAAGUCAUUUUCCAUUAAUUACUGUCUGCUGUUUCAACUUGGAGGGGUACAUUCACAAGGUGUUUGCUGGACAUGUUAUGUAGUAAACAAAUCAGACCUAUUCAUAUCUGCUAUUUGAAAAUGAGGGGAAUAAGGACUGAUUUAGCAACUGGACGAUUAAGUCAUGCAAGGCUGGCAUUAAUAUUGUAAGAAACAUACUACUCAAACACCUUUAGACAAUUUCAAAGAACCUCUGUCAUUCAUGUUAGCAAUGUAUACUAUGUCUAGAUACCAAAAGUUUCCCCUCACAGCCGUGUGUUAAUAAAUAACACAAGGUGAGAGUCCUGGAGUCAUUGUGAAUCUGCCCCCCAGUGUAACAUCGUGUCUUUCAUUUCUCCCUGCCCUGUCCCUUCCCCUGCAACAAAGGUUGUCUGCUAGUAGCCACCUUGUGUUGCCAAAAGUACAGAUAAAGUUUCCACCUUCAAACGUUUUGUAGGAACUAAAAAUGUCCUCCUAGCUCAGUGUUAUAGCAGGUGUUACAGAAACAUGCUAGAAAAGACUUUUACUAGACCAUAUUUGAAAGAUAAAGAGUAUCUUAUCGAGAGAUAAAAACGAAACCUGGGGGAAAUAAGGCGAGCUUCUCUAACUUUGUUAUAAUUAAUUGUAUACCUGUGUAUGUAAAUAUAAUGCAUUCCUAUUUUGCAGUCAAGAACAAAAUACUAUUUGUAAUAUAGAAUAAACUUUAUUAUGAAACCAA